GCUGCAAAUGACGGUCUUGAUGGCCGGUCCAUGGUAGGAUUUUCACUUACCUCUCCCGAUUUGGUGAUCUGUUCUGGGUCACCCGAUAUACCCCAAACCAGCUAUGGAGAUUCCCCUGAGUUCUUGGAUGGUAAAUUCCAUCAGAAGAUGGAUUCUUCUAUUGAGCUCUCUUUCGAGAACAGAAUCAACGAGUCUCAAGUUACAGAUACCCAUAAAACUCCGACUGUAAAGUUCUCAAACACACUGUGCCAAACUUUUAAAGAAGAUUUGUCUCCUGAAGCUUCAUUCGAGCUUCUUCCGCCUUCUGCCAUUGAGGACAAGUUGAAGGAAGGUUCCCUUCCUGAUAUAAGCAACAAUGGAGGUUGCACAGAUGAUUUCCUGGGUGGCGAUUCUCAAAUGGAAAACUUGGGUUUGGAGGUGGGCGACGGAAGGGGGAUGGCUUAG